UUACCAUUCUGGUAACAGUUUUCGUUUCAACUCAUUACAAGAUGCACCGACUUGCUUUCCAGGAGAAAACCAUACCGUACAACGGUUUGGUUGAACAAAACCUAGUAAUUGUUCCUCCUGUUCGUCCCAAGUAUACGCCACGCGACUGGGACCUGAACAAUCGCACUAAAAAUAUAUUCUCGGUCAAUCAGCAAACACUGGCCGAGCGAGUAAUCUGUGAAAGCGAACGAGUGAUCGAUGAAACCAAAUUCACCACUGAGCUCAACAAAAAUGAAUCCGACUUCCGAUUGAAGGAGCGCAUUUCGGAUAUCAAGUUCCGCCUGGAAGAACUAACAAAACAGAAGAAGGAUGCUCAUGUCGAGGAAGAAGCACUGAAAGUGUACAAGCAAAGGACUUUGGAUGCGAUCGACACGUUGAAGGAAAUCGCUCUACCUCUCUGUCAGAAAUGCAUUAUAAUGCGGGAAAUGAGACAAGGCGUUGACCUAGUUUGCGAUGAUGUAGACAAAGAAUUGAAACGAGAACUGGGAGUCAUUAAUGGUUCCGUCGAACUGCUGCAUAAGUUGAUGGACGAAGGCGUUGAACAGUUGAGAAAACUGAGGGCAACGAUCUAUCUGCUGGAUCGUGAUUUAUCCAACAAGGAAAAAUCGAUACAAAUCGACGAAAAAAAUAUUGAAUUGCGAAGCAAUCAGAUGGGAAUGAAGGUUUAUGAUGGAACGGUUCCGUUGGAUCCUUACAACAACACCGAUCCCGAGUGGAUCAAGGUUACUAACGCUAACAUUGAGAACACGGCCAAAGAAAUCAACUCGGCACAAACGUUGCGUUCCUACAUAGACCAGGUUCUGAAGCAGGCAGCCGAAGAUAUUCGCCAACAGGUGGAGCGUACAAAUGCUGCCUUCUCGAAACGAAUUUCCGAGAUGCGUUACACCAAGAUUAAACUGGAGAAUGUCCACAAGGAAACGAUGCACCAGGUGAAUGAACUGACGCGGAACGUUACCAAACUGGAAACGGAAAUAGCCGAAAAGGAAGGUUACGUUGCACUGGCACAGAUGCGGAUGGCUAAUCGAGCGCACAGACCCAGCCUCGAACUUUGCAAGGAUAAUGUGUACGAUAGUCUGAAAAGGGAAAUGGCUGCUCUGCGUGCAAAUAUUUCCAAACUGGACCAGAUGGUGGUACAGUCUAGGGCCACCUUGCGUUAUCUGCUGAAUACCCAGGUGAUGCAGGAAGAGGAAAUCAAUCUGAAAACUAGUUCACUUAAGAUUGACGAGGCCGACUGUAUGACGCUUAGGGAAAGCUUGAAUUUUCAAAACUUCUAGAAACACUCCACGGUUGCGUAGCAAAACGAGCACUUCUUAGUUGGAAAUGGAUUUCUUUUGUGUCUGCAAACGAAAUAAUAUCUCAGUCAAUUUUCUGUUC